AUGUCUAACCAAGUGGAAGAGGCAGUCCCUAAUGUCGCAGAGGCAGUUUCAGCUGCUUCAAGGAAGCUUAACAAAGCCAAAAGGAAGAUAAAAGACCGUUCAGAAGUGUGGGAGCACGUUCAAAAGACAUACACCUCUGAUGGGAUGAAAGCAAUCUCUGGAGAAACUAGUGGUUUAACUUAUCAUAAGUUUGAUGUUGCUAGUCUCAGGAAAGAUCUUGCGUUCAUGAUUGUUGUAGAUGAGUUGCCUUUUAAAUUUGUUGAGGGAAUUGGUUUUAAAUACUUUUGUAGUAUGAUGGAGCCUAGAUUUCAUGUUCCUUCUAAGAUAACAGUAGCAAAAGAUUGUUUUGCUUCUUACUUGAUUGAGAAAAGGAAACUAAAACAUGAGUUGAGGAAAUGCAAGUCUAGAGUUUCUUUAACCACUGAUACAUGGACUUCAACACAAUAA